CGCUGUUGUGUUUAUAUAUGAGUAGGCUCCCAUUUGUUCACACUCGCAAACAUAAUACAACUGACAACGGAAAGACCAAAUCCUCUUCACAAUAUCACAUAUACACAGAAAGAUCUUAUAGCUCUUCACUAUGAUUAUCACAUUGAUUGCUCGUGUUGCUCAACUCCUAAUCGGGGCAGUCGUACUGGCUCUUUCGGUUGUCCUCAUCAAUGGAUAUGGCCCUGGCCAUGCACCCUCAUUGCUCGACUACGGUGCAUUCUGCGGUGGUGCAGGAUUGCUCAUCGCCGCCGCUGGUCUUGGUGCCAUCUUCUUGGAACCGCUGCAAGGGAUAAUUAUUCUGGCUCUGGAUGGGAUAGCCUCCUUCUUCCUCCUUGCAGGCGCUGGCGCAUUCGUAGCUGAAGUCAAGACUGGCAACUGCGCCGACCCGUAUUACAUUCUAGCGAUUUGGAAGGUCAUUCGAGUUAGUGACAUGAAGGACUACAACGGCGACCGAAAAAAGGCUGAGGAUGAUAUCAUCGGUCGGUGUCGAAUGGCCCAAGCAGAUACUGCCUUCAUUUGGAUCCUGUUCAUCCUGUUCAUUGUCACUAUCGGUCUUACCUUCAUGAGCAGGUCGAGUAAGAGAGGAGGAGCUCUCGUCUAAUGACAUCCUGCUUAGGCGCGACGGUGGAGGAUUGCAGAGAGUUAUGACACCAAGCCAUAUUCUCGGUUGAUACCAAUGCGUUUCUUUAUGAUUUUAGGAUGAGAGUUGGAUUGAAGACCUGCGUAAGAAUAUGACAAAAGUUUUAUUCUUUACCUAUACGCGAAUCGACACGCUUUUCACUGCGAGACUUAUGUGCAGUAGGGACCGAAAGUUGUGGGGACUUUCCUGCAGUCCGUUUUGCUCCCCUUUUUCUGUUCCAUCUGCCGAGGCUCGUUAGUCCAAAUCACCAUCCUCACCAGGCCCAACCACUCGACCAAACGUAAUCACAAUAAGUUCAGGUGAAUUCUCUUAUAUCGUCGUAUGUUUUCAAAGUUCUCCCUAUUAUUGGUACAAUAAGCGAAUCAAUAUAAACCUUUGUUUUCUCUUGAUGC